AUGAUUAAAACUGCAGGAGCGCGUAAAGAUGUGACGGCGUUUGUGGUGGACUUACCGCCCCGGUACUCGGAAGUCGUACCGCCGUCAUACGAAUGGGUCCUGAAGCAUCACUACUCGGACAUAAAGCUCAAAGUGCUGCUUACAAAAAAGUGGAUCAACAGUAUAUUCCCGAUUUCCAUACUGAAGCCAUUCAUAUAUGUAUUAAAUAAAGAAUUUCCCAAAUAUCAAUAA